CAGACCAGACCUCCACCGAGACACUGUGGGCUUUGGGACAGUCUGAGGGAAAAUCGACACACACACACACAGAGGAUUAUCCAGCUGGGAUAAACGCUCCCCACAGCGGCAACGAAUUUAUCGUUGGAGACUAGGAGGCCGCUCGGCCCAGCCUGGUCCCUGCUAGCCCCCCGCAUGGACGUGUUUGGCGGAGCCCCCCGGUUCGUGGCGUACCCCAGGACGUACACGGUGCCGGACGGCGCGGACGCGGUGCUGAAGUGCCAGAUCGCGGGCGAUCCCCGGCCCACGGUGGUGUGGGAGCGCGACAAGUCCCGCAUCCUCCCCUCGGCCCGCCACCGCCUGCUGGAGGACAGCGGCGUCUACCAGCUGGUGGUGACCGAGGCCCGUCUGGAGGACAGCGGCCAGUACGUCUGCAAGGCCAAGAACGCGGUGGGCGAGACCUACGCCGCUGCCACGCUACGGGUGCGCGAGGGCGGAGGAUGCAGCGACAAGCCCACGUUCCUGGUCCGGCCCAGCUCCGCCAGGGUCUCACGGGGAGACGAUGUGGUCUUCGCGGGACGUCUGGGCGGCAACCCUCCGCCCACGGUGACCUGGGACAAGGACGGCCGGGAACUGGGCCAGAUCUUCGAGAGCGGCCACUACAGUGUUGGUCGGGAGGAGGGCGAAGGCUGGCACCACCUGAAGAUCUUUGGCGCGCGCCCGCCAGAUGCGGGGGUCUACCUCUGCCGGGCCGCCAACGUCUACGGCCAGUCUAUGGCAGCGGCCGUUCUUCUGGUGGACCCCGGGCAGAUCCAGCCCCCUCCCCCUCCCCCUCCUCCUCCUCAUCCUCCUCCUCCGACGACGACGAUGACAACUCCUCCUCCGACGACGACGAUGACGAUGACGACUCCUCCUCCGACGACGACGAUGACCGUGGACUCCCCGGAGGGAACGCCGCGCCGGGAGGGAGCGCCGCGCCGGGCCGCGGUCAAGGUGAAGGGAUUCGCCGUGUGCCAGGGCAAGCACGCCAAGUUUCGCUGCCGUGUGACCGGGAAGCCCAAGCCCGAGAUCUACUGGUGCAAGGACGGCGAGCCCGUGGCCGCGGGGAGGCGCCACCUCCUCUACGAGGACCGGGACGGCUACUUCAACCUGAAGAUGCUCUACUGCAGGCCGGGCGAUGGUGGACUCUACACCUGCGCUGCCUCCAACUCUGCCGGCAACACGCUCAGCUCAGUGUUGCUGCACAUCACAGAACCUCAGACCAAGUUCCGUAGCCAGCUGCGGGACGUGGAGGUGAGGGAACGCGAGCGGGCCGUGCUGGAGUGCGAGGUGCCGGCCGGCUCGGUCCCAUCCGCCUGGUACCUGGAGGACCGCAGGCUCCGGCCCAGCGCCAAGUACGUGAUCGAGCAACGGGGCGCUCUACGCCGGCUCACCAUCAACGACGUGACCAUGGAUGACGAUGGCGUCUACCUCUGCCAGAUGAGAGAGGGAGGGAGGAGCGUGGCUGAGCUGGCGGUCAAGGGCAAGAUCGUGAAGAGGUUGCCGCGGAAGCUGUCCGUGGUGGAGGGGGAGAACGCUGCGUUCUGCGUGGAGCUGGACGAGGCGGGUGUGGACGUGCGCUGGUACAAGGACGGGGAGCUCCUCCGCGAGACCCACAAGACCAUCAUCAAAUCCUUCGGCAAGACCCACAUCCUGGUCCUGGUCAAUGCCGGCCCGGAGGAUGCGGGCACCGUCACCUUCGUCAUCAGCGAGUCCAAGUCGACAUGCCAGCUGAAGGUCAAAGGCAGGAGCCGGUCGGUGCCGGGACCUCCGGUGAAGGUGCGUCUGGGCUGCGAGCGGGUGAACGCAGCCUGGUUGGAGUGGGGGCCGCCAGCACCGGCGGAGGGCGAUGGCGAGGGGCCGGCGGGGGCCACGGGCUACGUGGUGGAGCGGCAGGAGCUGGGGGCCGAGGAGUGGCUGCAGUGCGUCACCACCGAGACCUGCGGCCCCGUACAGGUGCUGGGCGACAGCGUUCCCGCCGAGGCGCAGUACCGCUUCCGUGUCUGCUCCGUCAACGCCUACGGUCGCGGCGGCUCCACGCUCUUCCCCGGGACCGUGCAUCUUGUGACGCAGGAUUGGGAGAUUGGGGAGGGGGUGAGGUUACUUACCCCGGCAGCCCGUAUCCGCCACCACUUGGAUGAUGUGUCGGUGACGGAGGGCGUUGACGCUGAGUUUGCCGUGGAGCUGACGGCGCGGCUCAUGGGCACGUGGCACGUGCAGGGCCGGCAAAUCCAGGAUGACGAGCGUUUUGCCGUCGGGCAGGACCAGUGCCGGCACUCCCUCUGCAUCCGCCGGGCGGCACUGGAGGACAACCAGGCCCAGGUCACUUUAAUCGCCCACGGCGUGCGCGACUCCGCCCUGCUCUACGUCCAAGCUGCGCCCGUGACCAUCUCGCUGCCCCCGGGGACACAGAGGGACCUGCUGGUCACUGCGCCCGACACCAUCGACCUGAGCUGCCGGGUGUCCAGAGCCGAUGCCCGUGUCGACUGGUCCAAGGACGGCCGGGAGCUCGGCCCCAGUGACCAGCUGACCCUGGAGACGUCAGGACAGACGAGGAGGCUGGUCGUCCAGUCUAGCCGGACAUCCGACUCCGGACAGUACACCUGCCACACCGCCGACAGUGUCGUGACUUUCUGUGUCACUGUAUCAGCUGCGCCCGUGACCAUCUCGCUGACCCCGGGGACACAGAGGGACCUGCUGGUCACUGCGCCCGACACCAUCGACCUGAGCUGCCGGGUGUCCAGAGCCGAUGCCCGUGUCGACUGGUCCAAGGACGGCCGGGAGCUCGGCCCCAGUGACCAGCUGACCCUGGAGACGUCAGGACAGACGAGGAGGCUGGUCGUCCAGUCUAGCCGGACAUCCGACUCCGGACAGUACACCUGCCACACCGCCGACAGUGUCGUGACUUUCUGUGUUACUGUAUCAG